AUGCCAGGACACUGUGAAAACGCUGGCAACGACACAGCAGACCGACUCGCCAAGGAUGCCGCGCACCCGGGCAAAACCCACACCUUCCGACCGCUGCUGUCGAGAGAGAACGCUUUCAUCCGCGAUAGAAUCCAUGCUCAAUGGAGGCAAGAGUGGAAGUCGAGCAUCAAAGGCUUGCAUCUACGGAAGAUUGACGAUACCCUUCCGGCGCGUUACACCAGGAAACUAUAUGGAAAUCUACCGCGGAACAGCGCGUAUCUGCUGACACAGCUACGCACGGGCCACAAUUGGGUAUCCAGCUACCGCAAGGAGAUUGGCUACAGUGAUGAUGAUCGCUGCGAAUGUGGCGCGCAGGAAACAGUCGCCCACGUCUUGAUGCAAUGCCCAAGGCUACGAGAACUGCGGGUGGAAUUGAGAAGACAAGUCGAGGACGCGCUCAACAGCGUGUCGAGUCUGCAGGGAGGCUCAAACGAAGGUGAGAAAGGUAAACCAGACACCGUCUCGCGAGCGAAGACAGUACAGGCGGUGCUGGACUUCGCCGAGGCGUCACAGCGGUUUCGCAGUCGUGCGCCAUGA